AUGUCUGAUGAGUACGACGUAGUACAAGGAGACUCAUCUUCGAACACCUCUACAACUGGGAGUUUUGAAAACGUCAGCACUCCAGGCGUCGCUGAUACUGCUGCUGACGAAAAGACCACAAAAGAGGACGUUAAGGAGGAGAAAUCAACCAAUGCUGAGGCGAAAGAGGCGGAAGAGACCCCGGAUUGGGUGAAGUCUGACGAUGAGCUGCUGCGUCAUCCCUCUACUCGCAGUGCAAUCAAGAAUUUGAUCAGGUUCUCAGCUGCAAUGUUUGUUCUUCCUCUUCUUACAAUGUUCACCACUUAUCACUAUGUCUUUAGAGAUUAUUAUGAUUUGCCUCCGGAUCAGGCAAUGCUAUAUGCAGGGCUAUGUGGAGUCAUUGUGGUCAUCCUCAUCGUUAUCGUCUUUGUUUAUAUAGCGUAUCGCGAAGAACAAGACAUUGAACAGAUAGAACUUCUUUUGAAAAAGGAUGAGUAA